CCAGAGUGGACCAGAGUGGACCAGAGUGAAGACCGGAGAGGACCAGAGAGACGACCGGAGAGACGACCGGAGAGUAGUACCGGAGAGUAGUACCGGUGUUUAUCUGAGUCCCGUCGAGCCCCCGGGAUGCAGAAAGGUCUGAAGAAGUACUUCGUCAACAUGGACGAGUACCUGUGCAGCCUGGGUCUGUACCGGAAGAUGGUGGCGCGAGACGCGUCCAGCCUGUUCCGAGCCGUGUCCGAGCAGCUGUAUUACUCUCAGAACUACCAUCACAGGAUCCGUCAGGAAUGUGCCGACUACAUGAGAACCAACAGAUGCAACUUUGAACCAUUUGUUGAAGGUUCGUUUGAGAAAUAUCUGCAGCGUCUGGAGGACCCGAAGGAGACGGUGGGUCAGGUGGAGAUCAAGGCUCUGUCUCAGCUCUACAGGCACUGUUUCCUGAUCUAUCGUUACCCAGGGAAACCAGCCACAGUGAUCUCAGAAGAAGAAUUUGAGGACAAGGUGACGCUGUGCUGCUCCAUCAAUGGUCACUAUGACAUCGUUUACCCGAGGAGUUACCCCGCCUCCGCAGCCCUCUGUCAGUCUCUGUUCUACGAGGUGCUCUACACUCAGGUGUUCAGCUUCGAGGAGGCGGAGCUCUGUCAGGCGAUGGAGGCCUUCAGGGUCGGAGGUCGUCGCUAUAGAAACAGCCCGUCGGUAUGCAGCGACGCUGACUUCGGCUACGACACACCUGAGGACCGCAGGUACACACACACACAAGUGCAUGGAGGAGGUCUGACCCGGGGUGGAGCUGUGGAGGAGAACGAGCCGUGCCCGAGGGACACAAAGCCUCCUGCAGAAGCCCCGCCCCCCUCCAGGCUGUCUCUUCCUUAUAAGGUGAUGAAGUCUCUGGAUGGAGAGGUGUACAGGAACCUGGAGUUUGAAGUGUGGCAGGACACCUGCAAAGAGAUGCAGAAGACGGACUACAUGGUGUUUGCUGGGAGGCAGUACUUCCUGGGAGACAAGUGUCAGGUGCGUCUGGAGCCGAAGGGGAAAUUCUACAACGCCUUCAUCCAGGAGGUGGGGACGCACGCGGCAGCGGUCACUGUGUUCAUCGAGGAGCUGGGAGAGAAACACCUGGUCCAGCUGACCGACCUGAAGCCAGUGAACCCGGUUCCUGCCUGGAACGUGGCGGCGCCGUCCAGGAAGGGAGACAUGGGUAAGAUCCACUUCCUGUCUUCACCUACCCGGACCGGCGCCACCCCCCCCCGCCACCGCUACUUCAGGAAGUCCCGCGGCGGGAUAAAGGGGGCGGAGCUUCUGAUGCCCCCCCCCUCAUACGGAGGCCCCGCCCCCUCCAGCCUGCCCCCCCGGUUCCAGCCCACAGUUCACCCCCGCCCCCCCCCCCCCCUCUCAGCAGGGGCCAUGACCUAUGACCCCUACGCCCCCCCCACCCAUCACCACCCCCCCGCCAGACCGCCUCGCUACGGAGCCUCCAGAAGCUCCACCCGUUUUCUGAACCGUCACCUGAUUGGUCCACACCUGACCUAUUACCACCACCCGGGCCGACGCUAUUACCAGGACUACGAGAACUACGCCUUCAGGUCCCGGCGCAGCAGACGGCAGUUGGCAGCCGCUCUGAAUAAAGAGUGCCAGUUUAGUUUCUCCGCUGAGGGGGAGGAGCCAUCCGAUCUGGACGCAGCGAUGUUCUACCAGCUGGAGGACGGGGGGGAGGGCGUGUUCCCCCCCCUGCAGUCUAAUUCAGGUUCCUUCCUAGAGCAGUCUAAUUCAGGUUCCUUCCUAGAGCAGUCUAAUUCAGGUUCCUUCCUAGAGCAGUCUAAUUCAGGUUCCUUCCUAGAACAGUCCAAUUCAGGUUCCUUCCUAGAGCAGUCCAAUUCAGGUUCCUUCCUAGAGCAGUCCAAUUCAGGUUCCUUCCUAGAACAGUCCAAUUCAGGUUCCUUCCUAGAGCAGUCCAAUUCAGGUUCCUUCCUAGAGCAGUCCAAUUCAGGUUCCUUCCUAGAACAGUCUAAUUCAGGUUCCUUCCUAGAGCAGUCUAAUUCAGGUUCCUUCCUAGAGCAGUCUAAUUCAGGUUCCUUCCUAGAACAGUCUAAUUCAGGUUCCUUCCUAGAGCAGUCUAAUUCAGUUUCCUUCCUAGAACAGUCUAAUUCAGGUUCCUUCCUAGAACAGUCUAAUUCAGGUUCCUUCCUAGAAGAGUCUAAUUCAGGUUCCUUCCUAGAAGAGUCUAAUUCAGGUUCCUUCCUAGAAGAGUCUAAUUCAGGUUCCUUCCUAGAAGAGUCUAAUUCAGGUUCCUUCCUAGAAGAGUCUAAUUCAGGUUCCUUCCUAGAGCAGUCUAAUUCAGGUUCCUUCCUAGAACAGUCUAAUUCAGGUUCCUUCCUAGAGCAGUCUAAUUCAGGUUCCUUCCUAGAAGAGUCUAAUUCAGGUUCCUUCCUAGAGCAGUCUAAUUCAGGUUCCUUCCUAGAAGAGUCUAAUUCAGGUUCCUUCCUAGAAGAGUCUAAUUCAGGUUCCUUCCUAGAGCAGUCUAAUUCAGGUUCCUUCCUAGAGCAGUCUAAUUCAGGUUCCUUCCUAGAGCAGUCUAAUUCAGUUUCCUUCCUAGAGCAGUCUAAUGCAGGUUCCUUCCUAGAAGAGUCUAAUGCAGGUUCCUUCCUAGAAGAGUCUAAUUCAGGUUCCUUCCUAGAAGAGUCUAAUUCAGGUUCCUUCCUAGAAGAGUCUAAUUCAGGUUCCUUCCUAGAAGAGUCUAAUUCAGGUUCCUUCCUAGAAGAGUCUAAUUCAGGUCCCUUCCUAGAAGAGUCUAAUUCAGGUUCCUUCCUAGAACAGUCUAAUUCAGGUUCCUUCCUAGAAGAGUCUAAUUCAGGUUCCUUCCUAGAAGAGUCUAAUUCAGGUUCCUUCCUAGAGCAGUCUAAUUCAGGUUCCUUCCUAGAGCAGUCUAAUUCAGGUUCCUUCCUAGAAGAGUCUAAUUCAGGUUCCUUCCUAGAAGAGUCUAAUUCAGGUUCCUUCCUAGAAGAGUCUAAUUCAGGUUCCUUCCUAGAAGAGUCUAAUUCAGGUUCCUUCCUAGAAGAGUCUAAUUCAGGUUCCUUCCUAGAGCAGUCUAAUUCAGGUUCCUUCCUAGAGCAGUCUAAUUCAGGUUCCUUCCUAGAGCAGUCUAAUUCAGGUUCCUUCCUAGAGCAGUCUAAUUCAGGUUCCUUCCUAGAGCAAGUCUAA